AGGGAGUGACAGAAUUUUUCAGCUGGACUCAUGCAGCACAUUACGAUUCUAAUAUCAAACAAUAUGUGCUAGAUAACUUCAAUACAGACCAGACUGCAGCUUUCGGAUGGAAGUUACACAGCGAUACAGAUUCCCUGAAACUUGUACAUGACCCACACGGCUCAGGUUAUGUUCUUCAAGUAUUUUAUCAGCAAGGAACCCGAACUAACUACGACACUCACGGUCAUUCUUGUCCUAGCAGCAGCACAGGACCAUGCCACAGGGGGGCGCAGUUUUAUGUGAUGCCACCGAGUCUUUAUCAUAAAGGCAAAACCUUCGCAGCCCUUGAAUACGAGGUGUAUUUCAAGAGUGGAUUUAAUUUCGCCAUUGGCGGGAAAUUGCCCGGCCUAUGGGGUGGCUCUAGAGAUUCAUGUAAAGGUUGUUCUGGCGAGGCACACAGCUGUUUCUCAACAAGACUGAUGUGGCGAGCUAACGGACACUAUGAAGUCUACGCUUACAUACCAUACAACCAGGACGGUGGGUUUAAACAUUGGUGUGACCGUUAUGAACACGAUCAUAAAAAAGUAAUUUGUCCUUCCAGCACCUGUGGGACCGAAAUAGGUUUGACAUCGACCGAUGCUUUUAAGUUCAAACCAGGACAGUGGUAUAGAAUUCGACAAGAAGUGAACCUAGGACAUCCCAAUCAACAUGGCCGUGUAACACUCUGGGUUAAUGAUAUAAUGGUGGUUAAUAUGAACCUUGUUCUCCGUCAGUCUAGCAGUGUCCAUAUUGAUGGAAUGUUUUUCUCUACUUUCUAUGGUGGAAAGUCAACUGACUUUGGAAAACAUGGAGACACAUAUUCCUAUUUCAAAAAUUUCAGAAUCACCGACGAGAAGAAGCCAAUACAUCAUGGCGAAUACUUUGUAGGAAAAUAAAAACAAUAUAUCUA